GCUACCGGAAUGCGUCACCACCAAACAUGGCGACGCGCACAAAACACAUUUUGAGCUCGUCCUGACAAACGAGAAAAAGUUGAUAAAUUGCUCAGUACGUAAUUUAUAGUUAGCUGCUUUGUAACGUGUUCUAUUUAACCAUGCUCCCGUCCGUCGCCACGACUCUGUGCUGCCGGAAUUGGGCAACAAUGUCAGUCAUGGUUGCCAGGUUUUCCCGUCUCCCAGCGGCCAACAAGCGAGCUGCUACCCGGUAUGAAGGUUCACGACCACCCCCGACGAGGCUUUUCUUCACACCCGUCAGACGGUUCACCUUGUCAGCCUUCACGUGGCAGCAGGACGCGGAGUUAGCCUCGUCCUCAGAGGAGAACUUCGGCGCUAUGUCCACCGACAUGUCCGCCCGGAGAUCUUUUAAGAAAGUUAGCCCGGAGAUGUUGAACCUGAGCUAUCCAGAAGACGACGACGACAAGAGGUCGGAGGAAACAAGACGCAAACCCGGGAGGAGAAAUACCACCUACUGGUACUUCUUACAGUGCAAGAAGCUGAUUAAAGCUGGGAAGCUGCAGGAGGCAUUGGAGAUGUUUGAGAGGGACAUGUUGCGCGGUGAGAAGUUGCAACCGGAGGAGUACAACUACAGCGUGCUCAUCGGAGGCUGUGGGCGAGCCGGACAGCUGAAGAAGGCCUUCAAGCUCUACAACGAUCUGAAAAAGCGAGGUCUGGAGGCGUCGGACGCCACCUAUACGUCUCUGUUCAACGCCUGCGCGGAGUCGCGCCACACACAAGUGGCUCUGGAGCAGGCAGUCAAGCUGGAGCAGGAACUGAGACGCAAGAACCUCACCCUCAGCGUGGCCACCUACCAUGCCAUGCUCAAGAUGCACGCACUCAACAACAGCCUACACUCCUGCAUACACACGCUGAGGGAGAUGCUGGAUGUCGGUCAUGCCAUCACUCAAGAGACAUUUCAUUACUUGCUGAUGGGAUGUCUGAAAGACAAACAGCUUGGCUUUAGGCUGGCCUUGCAGGUGUGGCGGCAGAUGCUCAAGUCCGGCCUCGUUCCGGACUCAAAGAAUUACAAUCUGCUAUUGAGGACCGCAAGGGAUUGUGGAAUUGGCGAUCCUGCGUUGGCCUCCAGCAUCCUACUCCAGUCAAACGAGUCACACGUCAAGUCAAGCAAAAGAGUCGACGUUGAGUUUCUGGAGCGGCAGCUGCUUCUCCGAUCUGACAGCCAAGGUGGCGGGGGUGAAACACAAAACCCCUUGGUGGCGCUCAGACCGUCAGAAACUGGACUCCUACCUCUUGAGUUCACCCCAAACCUAUUGGACCUCCUGCAGGGAAACUGCACCGGUGGUGUGAUUUCCUUCGGGCCCGUGGAAGGACCGUCCGACAGACUGGCUCUACUGGGCGGAGCCCAUGGUUUCCUGGAGAAGAUGGCAGCUGGCGGGCUGGAGCCAGACCUGCGGACUCUGACGCUGCUGGCGGACACCAUGGCGCCCGGUCUUCAGUCUCUGGAGAUGCUCUUGAAGGUUGCCAAGCAGCACCGUGUCAAGCUGGACACCGCCUUUUUCAACUCGGUCAUUCGCAGGGCUGCCAGAAGUGGAGAUCUGGAUGGGGCGAAGGCUGUCUUGAGUGUGAUGCGCAACCGCAACGUGAGCGUGGACGAGCAGACGUUUGGUAGUCUGGCACUUGGGUGCCAGGGACAGAAGGAUGGACUUCAACUCCUCCAAGACAUGGAGGAGACGGGAUUGCAGCCCAACGCGCACGUAUUCUCCGCCCUGAUUGGCCGAGCGAGUCGUCGUCUGGAUUACGCCUACCUGAAAACGCUGCUGAAAAGCAUGCGCGAUCGGAAAGUGUGGCCUAACCAAGUAGUCAUCAAACAGCUGGAGUUUGCUGCGCAGUAUCCUCCCAAUUAUGACCAGUACAAGUCCCGCAACAACUACCUAAUCCAGAUCGAUGGCUUCCGUGGUUACUACCACCAGUGGCUACAAUCCAUGCCGGCCCAGGAUGACCAGGACGGACAGUUUGGCUUGAGUGCGGCGUUUGUCAAAACUCAAGCUGAGAGGAUUGCGGGCCGGAAGAAGCAAAGAGCAGCGGGGAAGCUCAAGAUUAGCAACACGAAAACAGUCAUGACACCUUAGUCAUGGCCUUUUUUUUUUUUUUGUUCGUCAUUCAGUUUAUCCCAGCUAUUUUCAGGAGAGCACAUCCUGGACUGGUCACCAGCCAAAUCCCAUGACACAGAUAAACCAACAAUCAUUCAAACUCACAUUCAACCUUAUGGAGAGGCUUCAAUCAACCUACCAUGCAUGUUUCUGGAAUGUGGGAGGAAACUGGAGGACCCUGAGAAAACCCACACAAGCACACGGAGAACAUGCAAAGUCCACACAGGCGAGGUUGGAUUGGACCAGAAUCCUCAGAACUGUGAGGAGGAUAUGCUAACCAGUUAGCCUGCCUCCCUUUUUAUUGUUACAGUCA